UUCCUCCUCCGCCAGUUUCUCCUCCCUGCUGCACUGCCCUCCUCGCUAUGCAGGCCGCCAUUGCGCAGACCCCCUCCUCGGACACUACCCUAUCGGAAGGCCCACCUUCAGGUGCCGGGGGCCCGGAGCCCGGGGGCGGGCCCACCGACGUCGAGGUGCCGGCCCUCUGCCCAGAAACCCGGCGUUUCCAGGUGGAGCUGGAGUUUGUCCAGUGCCUGGCCAAUCCGCAGUAUCUCAUCUUUCUGGCCCAUGACCGGCGCUGCCUCACCGACCCGGCCUUUGUUCGGUAUCUCCGGUACCUGAUGUACUGGAAGCAGCCGCAAUAUGCCAAGUAUAUUUCCUACCCCCAUGCCCUCUACUUCUUGGAGCUCCUCCAGUGCCCAACCUUCCGCUACCAGCUGGUCCAUUCGACGGACAUCGUUCAGGCCACACAUGGCCUGCAGUACCAUUACUGGCUCUACUCCUGGAAGCUCAUGCGCCACGACCCCACUCUGCUGACACCGCCCUGAAGGUAGAGAGAACCCCAAUACAAUAAUUGAAAUCCA